CUAUGCGCGCCUCUGCACACCUAUACCCGCCUCUGCGCGCCUCUGCGCCCCUCUGCGCCUCUGGGCGCCUCUCAGCGCCUCUGCGCGCCUUUGCGCGCCUAUGCUUGCCUCUGCGCACCUCUGCUAGCCUCUGCUCCCCUCUGUUCGCUUCUGAGCGCCUAUCCGCGCCUCUGCUCGCCUUUGGGCGCCUCUGCGCCUCUGCUCGCCUUUGCGUGCGCCUCUGCGCGCCUCUGUGCGCCUCUGUGCGCCUUUGCACGCCUCUGUUCGCCUCUGUGCGCCUCUGCUUGCCUCUGCACGCCUCUGUGCGCCGCUGUCCGCCUCUGCGCGUGCCUCAGGUGGUCCUCUGCUCGCCUCUGCUCGCCUCUGCGCGCCUCUGCGCCCCUCUGCGCGCCUCUGCGCGCCUCUACGCACCACUACGCGCCUCUGCGCACCUCUGCGCGCCUCUGCUUGCCUUUGCGCGAGCCUCUGUGCCUCUGCUCGCCUUUGCGCGCGCCUCUGCGCCUCUGCUCGCCUUUGCCCACGCCUUUGCGCGCCUCUGCGCGCCUGUGCGCGCCUCUGCAUGCCUAUGUGCGCCUCUACACGCCUUUGCACGCCUGUGCUCGCCUCUGCUGGCCUCUGUGCGCCUCUGCCCGCCUCUGCGUACGCCUUUGCGCGCUCAGGCGAUCCUCUGCUCUCCUCUGCGCGCCUCUGUGCGCCUCUGCGCUCCUUUGCUCGCCUGUGCGUGCCUCUGUCCGCCUCUGUGCGCCUCUGCGCGUGCCUCAGGUGCUCCUCUGCUCGCCUCUGCGCGCCUCUGCGCCUCUGCGCGCCACUACGCGCCUCUGCGCACCUCUGCGCGCCUCUGCUUGCCUUUUCGCGCGCCUCUGUGCCUCUGCUCGCCUUUGCGCGCGCCUCUGCGCGCCUCUGCACGCCUGUGCGCGCCUGUGCGCGCCUCUGGAUGCCUCUACGCGUCUUUGCACGCCUCUGCUCGCCUCUGCUGGCCUCUGUGCGCCUCUGCGCGCCUCUGCUCCCCUCUGCGCCCCUCUGCGUGCCUCUACGCGCCUCUGCACACCUAUACCCGACUCUGCGCGCCUCUCAGCGCCUCUGCUCGCCUUUGCGCGCCUCUGCUUGCCUCUGCUUGCCUCUGCUCCCAUCUUUUCGCCUCUGAGCGCCUAUCCGCGCCUCUGUUCGCCUUUGCGCGCGCCUUUGCUCGCUUUUGCGUGCGCGUCUGCGCGCCUCUGCGCCUCUGCUCGCCUUUGCGCACGCCUCUGCGCGCGUCUGUGUGCCUCUGCGCGCCUCUGCACGCCUGUCUGCGCCUGUGCGUGCCUGUGCGCGCCUCUGCGUGCCCGCCUCUGCGCGCCUCUGAGCGCAUCUGCGUACCUCUGCGCGCCUCUGCGUGCCUCUGGUCGCCUCUGAGCGACUCUGCUCGCGUCUGCGCACCUCUGCCCGCCUCUGCUUGCCUCUGCUCACCUGUGAGCGCCUAUCAGCACCUAUCCGCGCCUCUGCUCGCCUUUGCGCGCGCCUCUGCGCGCCUCUGCGCGCCUCUGCGUGCCUCUGUGUGCCUCUGCGCCCCCUGCUCGCCUCUGUGCGCCUCUGCUUGCCUCUGCGCGCCUGUUUUCCCCUCUGCGCGCCUCUGCACGCCUCUGCGCGCCUCUGCCCGCCUCUGCGCACCUCUGCGUGCGGCUCUGCGCACCUCUACGCGCCUUUGCGGGCCUCUGCUCACCUCUGUGCACCUCUGCGCGCCUUUGCACGCCUCUACUCCCCUCUGCGCGCCUCAGCACGCCUCUGCGCGCCUCUGCCCGACUCUGCGUACGCCUUUGCGCGCUCAGGCGCUCCUCUGCUCGCCUCUGCGCGCCUCUGCGCGCCUCUGCGCGCCUCUGCGCGCCUCUGCGCGCCUCUGCGCGCCUCUGCGUGCCUCUUCGCCCCUCUGCUCGCCUCUGCGCCCCUCUGCGCGCCUCUGCGCACCUCUGCGCGCCUCUGCUUGCCUUUGAGCGCGCCUCUUUGCCUCUGCUCACCUAUGCGCGCGCCUCUGCGCCUCUGCUCGCCUUUGCGCACGCCUCUGCACCUCUGCACCUCUGCUCGCCUUUGCGCACGCCUCUGCGCGCCUCUGCACGCCUAUGCGCGCCUGUGCGCGCCUCUGCAUGCCUCUGUGCGCCUCUACGCGCCUCUGCGCGCCUCUGCACACCUAUACCCGCCUCUGCGCGCCUCUGCGCCCCUCUGCCC